ACUUGGAAUGACAAAUACAUCGAGAAAUGGUCGCCGAAACAUUACAACUGAGCAAAGAGAGGCCAUAGACACAUUGUACGAACAGGCAAGGUAUUAUCAGCAUAAGAAUGACGCAAAACCGACUGUGCUGGAUAUAUUCGACUUUGAUUCGACCCUCUUCAUGUCACCUCUCAUGAGCCAAAUCUGUUCCAAAAAUCUCAAUAGCAUUGUGUUAGUAGAAGGUGCUAUCGGUCCAGGAUGGUGGCGGGACAUCAAUAGUUUGACGCUAGGUGACAAUACCAAACUACAGCAAUCUGCAUGGGAUAGCUAUUGGAAUGAUGAAGUGGUUGAAGAGGCAAAGAAAUCAAUUGCAGAUAGCAGCAAACUCUCUGUUAUGCUUACUGGACGGCGGGUUCAUCCGUUUGGAAAAAUAAUUACUAGUAUGCUUGAGUCCAAGGGCCUUCAGUUUGAUAUUGUAGCGCUGCGACCAGACCCCAUAGACAUGAUUGAAGAAGGAACUCUCUUCAAUUCCGGGAUCCAAGCCUUCAACAAUACCAUGGAAUUCAAGAAGACUUUUUUAUUGGAUUUACUCGAACGAGAACCAUCCCUACGUAGGCUUGUUAUGUAUGAUGACCGCAAAAACCAUGUUGCCAAAUUUGAACAAUGGAUAGGCCAGUUGGUCGCACAGCAUGUUCUAGAUAGUGGCAAAGUAUUUCAUAUCGUUAGCCCCCCUCGUGGGUUCGAUCCUGGACGAGAAUUAGCGUGUAUGAAAAGUAUUAUUGACGAACACAACAAAAGGGUCGAUAUACGACGGUUAAAGAACGAAUCACCACCGCAAGAUGUUGAAGAUCGACAUUCUAUCGUCACUUGGUGGACGCGAAAAGCUGUACUGAAGCCCGUUAUAUCGAGCUUAAACAUCAAGUUCACUGAACCGGAAAUCGAAAAAUUGCUAGCACAGGUUGGAUCAUCUGUGUCUACAGAUACCAUUCAAAAUGCGAAACGUUUUCCUUUCGUCGGCGAUGAAAUUAUAUUAAAGUCCAUCGAUAAAGACACACACUAUGGUCAGGAAUUAAUCAAGUUGGCCAAAGCAAACGAUACUUUAAAGCUACAGAUUCUAUCCAUUGGAGAAGUCUCGCCUGAUGGACUUGCGCUAGAAGCUCAGGUAGAGGAUAAUCAGCUAUACUGCAAAGACCUAGGUGUCAACGAAAUAUACAUUCCGCUCUGGUGCAGGCCUGCACUUAAGGAUAAUGUACAGGAAGGUUACCGGCCGAUUUGGACCCCAAGUAACGAAGCCCCUACCAUCAUGUCUGGACAUUUUUGUCUUGGAUACACUUAUGACAUUGAAGGUGAUCCUCCUCUAGAAAAGACUGUCCGACCACGCUAUAGAAAUUACCAUCAGCAUCGCUAUAAUGAUAAGCGGCGUCAACAUCACCCUUCCAGGAAUCGAAAUAACCAUCUGCCGUACAGCAAGAAUGACAGACUGAGAGGAAAUAAGAAAUAGAGGGUUGCCAUAGAGUCAUUUGUACACAAAUCUGUUUAUACCAUGCAAUAAUAAAAUAUAUGUCGUGUUGCAGUUCACAUCAUCUACAGUAGU